AUGAAGUUGUUCCUUUCACGCGUUUUCCCGCGGAUUUCAUUAAGACUGUAUGCUGUGCUGUGUGAUAUAGAAUUGGCGGUUAUAGCGACAAGAUCACAUUGACAGUUCUAAUUGUUCCAUAUAAUAAUAACGUAAUUGAGGAAUGCUAAAAAUAUUGUGAUAUUUUAAAAACAAGGUAAAUUCAUGACAAUUCAAUAACCACUUAGCGAAAACGCGCAGUCUUAUUUUUGUAACUUCAACAUUCUUUAUAAAAACAAAAAAACUCCAAAGUUUAGUGAAAGCAUCCUGCAUGUAUCAGAUUUAACAAAUAAAAAGUAUGGACGGUUCAAUGGAAGACAGUGAUUGUAUGAUACAAGAAGUAACGCCAAAGAAAAAAAAGAAAAUGAGACAAGCACAACUACCAUUUCAAAUAUUAAGUUCCUCCAAAUCACCAAACAGUACAGAUAAUGAGUCUAACACGAAGAAGAGGAAAAUAAAGUCGCCUUUGGUAGAGCUUAAGAGCUCUAAAGUGUUAAAACUUGCAACAAAAGAGAAUUCGGUCAGAAAAGUACCUGAGAAGAAAAAAGAAGAUGCAAGCGAGAAAAAACUUGAUGUUAGCGAAGAUAUUGAAAUAAUAUUAGAUGAUGAAAAGGAAGAUCUCGAGCAAAGUGAUCAGCAAGAUAGGAAAAUCGAUAGUACAUCUAAAAGAAAUACUUUAGGAAAAAAUAAGAAACUGGAUAAAUCUCAACAGAAAUCUGGUGCCUUAACUAAGUUUCUAAAAAAAACAGAAAUUGAAAAUUACAAGGAAAUUGAAAAAAGUGAUCAUGUCGAUAAUUUAUCUGAACAAAAAGAUAAUAAUCAUGAUAAUAAUUUACUUGAAUUAAAAGAUAAGAAAAAUUAUACGUCUCAACUAAGUGAAAUAGAUAAUAAUAUUGUUGAUAAGGAUACAGAUCUUUCUCUUCAGAAAAUGAACUGUGAUAUUACUAUUUUAUCUUCGGAUAACGAGGCUUCGAGCGAGUUAGAUACAUCAAUAUCGAAUAGAAAUAAAGAAACAGACAAACCUGCAUCUCCUGUUACUCCAAAAACUGACAAAGAUAUUAAGAAUAAAAUUAAAAAAUUAACACCAAAACAAUUGCAAAAGAGACAGGAAAUUAUCAAAAGAAAGGAAGAGAAGCAGAAAUUAAAAAUGGAAAAAAAAAAAAAACGGGAGGAGGAAAAAGCAAAUCGGCGAUUGGAGAAAGAAGAGAAGCAGAGAGAAAAAGAAGAAAAAGAGAAAAUCGAAAAAGAACAAAAGAAAAAGGAAAAAGAAUUAAAGGAACUUAAGAAACAAAUGGAGAUCGAACAAAAACAAAAAGAAAAGGAAGCGAAAGAAGAAGAACGGAAAAAACGAGAAGAAGCUAAGGAAGAAGAGAAAAGAAAGAAAGAAGAGGAACGACUGGAAGCCGAACGCAAGAAGCAGAAAGCUGCCUCGAAUUUUGCGAGCUUUUUUGUUCCUAAAAAGCAGGAGGUUAAAUCAGUGGAGGAAGAGAGUGUUAUUGGAGUGAAAAAUUUUAUGCCUUUUGAAAUAAAGGCCGACAUGAGAAUCGCACCGAUUUGUCGAAGAAAAUUGACUGAACAUGAUAAAUUAUUGUUUGAUAAUAAGUGUAACAUAGAUUUAGAUAAAAUUGAAUUAUAUCUCGAAGAUAUUAAAAAAGGAAGAAUAGUGCCACGUACUUCCUCCAAAACGUGGCCAUUGGAAACAAAAGAUGAAAUUAUCCUAUUAGACGAUGACAAUGACGGCAGUUCUAACAUUAUAACGAACACGCAUAACUUGGAGAAGCACCGGCCGAAAUUACUGCAAUUCAACGAAAAUCGCCGUCCUCCGUAUUGGGGUACAUGGCGAAAACGAAGUAGCAUCAUAAAUUCUCGGCGGCCGUUUGCAAAAGACAAGAAAUUGUUUGAAUAUGAAAUUGAUUCCGACGAUGAGUGGGAAGAGGAAGAACCUGGCGAAUCACUCAAAGGAUCGGACGAUGAAAAGGACGAAAAGGAGGAAAAUCCGGAAGAAAACGAAUACGACAUCGAUAAUGAGUUCAUGGUUCCUCAUGGAUAUUUGUCCGAGGAAGAAGCGCAGGCUGAUGAGGAAGAAAUGGAGGACAUGUCGCCGCAAACACAGAAAAUGAAAUUGAAGAUAUUAGGAAAACAAUUUGAAGCUGAAAGAAACGCGAAAACACAUAAACUUAAGCCAAAAAUAAUCGGAUGCAUUUGGCAGGGACCCGGCAAUUCAUUUCCAGAAUCUAUUCCUCCAAAAAUCAAAGAAUUCUUGUCAGCUCGGCAAGCUUGGGUCAACAAUAUACCGAUAAUACUUCCGUCAUCGUCACCAGAAGAAGAUAUUUCGACUAAUAUUGAAUGCAAGACGCCUGGCCAAUCUGUGAAAGGAUCAAAAAAGACCAAGUUCCCUGAGGAAGCUUUGCCUGAUCUGAUUCGGUUAGUGCACGGGAACAGACAUGGCAGACACGUUCUUAUGAGAGAGUUCAUGACAUUUUGGAGCAAAAAGAGCGGAAGUCAUUUGUCGAAAGUUAGUGUAUUAUCGAAGAUCAGUGAAAUCGCUGAUAGGAUAGCAUGUCCCGAAGAGGGACCGAUGCAUCUUAAAUCUUGCUGGUACAUUUCGGAAGACAUCCGGAAGCAAUAUCUUCCUGACAUCAAGCUGUCAUUACCGAAUUGUUGGAAGUAUAUUUUAGUACCAAGUCAGAAAAAUAAUUCUCAAAACGUUAUAGCUGAUAAGACUGAAAAAGAAGAAAAAGAAAAAGAAAAAGAAAAGAAGCAUAUACCACUUAUUACUCAAUUCACUAAAAAAAUCACACAAGAAGAUAUGAAGAAACAACUUGUAAAAUCUGAUCAGAAAGAGAUAAAAAAACAGUCUUCACCUGAUCAAAAAAAGAAACAAUCGACAACGAAAUCCAAUCAGGAGGAGACAAAGAAAUCAGCUGCAAACCAAGAGGAGAUACAAAAAGAGUCGACAUCAAAAUUGGAUCAAAUUUCUGUCUUACCGAAACUACCUCCGCUACAAAGACCUCCUAAACGGGCAACUUUAAUCUCUGUAGGUAGAGGAGAACAAUUUCCGGAAAGAUCUCGACAGAAUAUGUUAGCCGAAUUCAUGGGUCUUAAUAAGAAGAAAGAGGAACCAUUGAAUAGCGAAAAGACAGUUGAUUCAGACAAGGUUAGACUUAUGGAGAAUAAUGAUAUGAACAAGAUGAAUCAAAAGUUAGAAUCGAGCGAUAAGUCGUAAUAUUUUCACGAUAUAGUGAGAAAGAGACUUCAAGAGCAUAUAAUAAUCAUUGAUGACUAUUAUGUAGAAAAAAAUCAAUGAUUGAUUCAGAAAAUAAAAUGAGGGAAUGGCAAAUGAUAGAUAACUAGACUUGCCUGCAAACAAAGUUGAUUGCAAAGGCAUUUAAUAAUAGUCCAACGAAAUGUAGACAUAGAGAAAAUACCGUUGUUCUAUUUGCGUAAAUAUUUCAUUUAUCAUUCUAUUUUAGA